AUGGCCACACAAGCCAAACGUUUCCAAGAGUUGGACGCAACCACUACACCUGUGGAUGAGAAAACUAGUAACGAUCACUCGAAUGAGCUCUAUUUUGAGAAGAAAUCAGCGGAAGGUAAAAUUGAGUUAACAGAAGAUGCUGCACCUGAAUGCGUAGGGGUUUCUUUCUCAAGCAAGAAGAAAUGGGCGAUCCUUACUGUUAUCGUCAUCGUUCAAUAUUCUAUGAACUACAACGCGGCUAUCUACGCAAACGCAGUCGAUGGCAUGACAGAAGAAUGGGGUAUCUCCUCACAAGCAGCUAGAGUUGGUCAAAUGAUUUUCCUGGUCGCUUACGCUUUCGGUUGUGAACUCUGGGCACCAUGGUCAGAAGAAUACGGAAGAUGGCCAAUCCUUCAACUUUCACUCUUUUUAGUUAAUUGUUGGGCUCUCCUUUGCUCGUUAGCACCAAACUUCGGCUCUAUGGUCGUGGGUCGUUUCUUGGGUGGUAUUUCAUCGGCUGGUGGUAGUGUAACGCUAGGUUUGGUUGCCGAUUUAUUUACACCUGAAACACAACAAUACGGUCUCGCUUAUGUCGUUUGGAGUAGUGUAGGAGGCUCUGUCCUUGGACCAAUCCUUGGUGGUUUCAUCCAACAAUUCGCCAAACCAGAGCCAGCAUGGAGAUGGGUUUUUUGGACACAAUUGAUUUUCGGCGGUUUUGCUCAAAUUUUGCACUGGACUAUUCCAGAGACAAGAUCGUCUAUUCUUCUUGACAAAGAAGCCAAGAGAAGGCGUAAGCAAGCAGCCAAAGAAGGCAAGGAAUUAAACAUCUGGGGUCCAAAUGAAAUCUCAAAAAGGGGUCUGUCAUUUAGAGAAGUGUUGGUUAUUUGGUACAGACCAUUUGAGAUGUUUUUGCGCGAACCAAUCGUUUUAUCUUGUUCCCUACUUUCUGGUUUCUCGGACAUGCUUAUUUUCAUCUUCUUGGACGCUUUCAACCCGGUAUAUUCACAAUGGGGUUUCCAACCUUUCGGGAUCGCUCUUGCAUUCAUUCCUAUUGCAAUCGCAUAUUGCUUAGGAUGGGUGUCCUUCUUGCCAUUCUUCAGAAAAUCGGAAUUGAGAAGGAAACGUGGUGAAAUUGUACCUCCAGAAGAACGUCUUUAUUGGCUCUUGUGGACUGCACCUCUUGAAGCUAUCGGAUUGUUUGGUUUCGCGUGGACAAGUAUGGGUCCGGAACAUAAUCACUGGUUCGGUCCAAUGUUCUUUUCUGCUUUGAUUGGUAUUGCAAACUAUGCUAUUUACAUGGCAACAAUUGAUUACAUGGUUGCAGCAUAUGGUCCAUAUUCUUCUUCCGCCACUGGUGGUAACGGAUUUGCUAGAGAUUUACUCGCUGGUAUUGCUGCAAUGUAUGCAGGACCAUUUUAUGAGCACUUCCCUAAUUACACACUCGAGUAUCCAUCAACGAUCUUGGCUUGUAUGGCCGUCGUACUCAUUAUUCCAAUCCACUUACUCUACUUCUAUGGGCCGGAAGUUCGUCGCAGAUCUAAAUUUGCUCAAACAUUGGCAAGUGAACGUGAAACCACCCAAAUUCGUCAUCAAGUUAGAGAUGAAAAGUCUAAGGUAUCUCAGCACAUUGAACAUGCGGCAUAA